AUGGUCUCUCUCAACUCAGGCCCCAUUUCUUCUUUUGCUUCUCGGAAUUCGCUGAUUGAUUCCGAUACCCUUUUGCCUCUUUCUUCUUUCUCUACCUUUUAUCCCAACUAUUCUGCGAGACCGAGCCUUUUAGCUUCCAGAAAAGGUUGUGGGUCUGUUUUAGGGUUUCUUGAGGUCAAGCCGAGGAAGACAGAUUGGGUUUUGAGGAUGUGCAAUAAGGGCAAUUUGGGUUGGGAUAGCGAGGUGACUAAGGAUCUUGAAACUGAGAUUUUGGAAUUCAUGAAGAAUUCGGAUAAACCCGGGAUGUUUCCGAGCAAGAAAGAUUUAAUCAGUCGUGGAAGAUUUGAUCUUGUGGAGAGAAUCGUAAACCAAGGUGGGUGGCUUUCCAUGGGAUGGGAUUUGGAUGAACAAGAAGAAAGGAAAUCCGAAGAGGUCCGAGUAAACGAGAACGUCAUGCUGCGGGAUUUACAUAUCGAGAGACAGCUUCUUCAUCAUUGUAAUUCUCAAGAAAUUUGUAAAACCUUAAGUCAUGAGGCUUUUGAUCUUCCCUCAAACCCUUCAUCUUCAAGAGAAGAAGUGGAUGCUAAGAAUGAGAGUGGAAUUGAAGGGAUAUUGACCAGAUUGGAGAAAGAAAGGAAUUUGAGUCUAGGGAUUAGCUUGAGGGAGAAAGGGGAAAGCAAUGGUGCCAUGAAUGAUAUCUCCCUAAAUGGUUCAGUUCCUCGGUCUUCGAUGAUUGUGACAGCUAGUGAAUUUCAACAUGCCAAGUCAGUGUCUGGAACACCGGUCUUAAGCGAUUCGCCUACAUCAGAAACAUGGAGAACAUGGAGUAUGAGGAGAGCUGGAUUUACUGAUGAAGAUUUUGAAGCUGCUGAAAUUUCUUCCAGUGGUUUGGAUGGUGUGAAGAAGGAUAAUAUGAAUAAGGAUUCUGGUGAUAGCAUAAAUGAAAAAGAUAAAACUGCAUCUUCCUCUGAAGAUAUAAAUACAACUCAUAUCAAAAGCCGUCUUCAGAAUCUCUCGUCAGAACUUUCUUCUGUUCUUCACUCCCUUAGAUCUCAGCCUGAUGAAGUUGUGACAAGUAAGGAUACUGAGAUCAAUUCUGGGAAUUUGGAGAAUCUCAAUGAUGAUUGGGAGUUUAAAGAGAAUGAGAUCAUAUAUGCCCAGAAUAAGUUACGGUCUACACGGGCAAAGCUGGCAGUUCUUGAAGGAAAGAUGGCUAUGGCAAUAAUAGACGCGCAGAGGAUUGUAUGGGAGAAACAGAGAAAAAUAGAUCAUGCUAGCAGAGCGUUACGGCUACUACGGACUGCAUCCAUAGUAUGGCCUAAUUCAGCCUCAGAAGUUCUACUAACGGGUUCAUUUGAUGGUUGGUCUACCCAGAGGAAAAUGAAGAAAGCAGAGAACGGAGUCUUCUCUUUAUCGCUGAAGCUAUAUCCUGGAAAAUAUGAGAUAAAGUUCAUAGUUGAUGGCCAGUGGAAAGUUGACCCGCUUCGACCCAUUGUUACUUGCAAUGGAUAUGAAAACAAUUUGCUCAUCAUCUCUUGA